UCUGUCCCUCUGGGCUGACAUUGCUCAUGUACCGAUUCGCCCCUCCGUUUUUCUUUCCCCAGGAGUGUGUGUCCAGAUGCAGGUCCAGCUGCUUCCGGGGACCCCUCGGGGUGCCUGAAGGGCCGAUGCCCUGCCCAGGGUGAGGCUGACUGGCCUGAGCCUGGGGAAUGGCAGCCCCCCUGGAACCUCAGGACCAGGCCCCUGGGGAGGGAGAAGGGCUUCUGAUUGUGAAGGUGGAAGAUUCCUCUUGGGAGCAGGACUCAGCCCAGCAAGAGGACGGCAAGGAUGCCGAGGCCUGCCGCCAGCGCUUCCGGCACUUCUGCUAUGGGGACGCAGGGGGGCCCCAUGCGGCCUUCAGCCGCCUCUGGGAGCUGUGCUGCCGCUGGCUGCGGCCCGAGCUGCGCACCAAGGAGCAGAUCCUGGAGCUGCUGGUGCUGGAGCAGUUCCUGACAGUGCUGCCGGGCGAGGUCCAGGCCCGGGUGCGGGAGCGGCAGCCCGAGAGCGGCGAGGAGGCCGUGGCCCUGGUGGAGGAUCUGCAGAAACAGCCCGUGAGAGCCUGGCUGCAGGACGCGCCCCCAGAGGAGGUGGGACCCGAGGCCGCGGUCCAGGGGUCCCGGGCCGGGGGGCCUCCCCCAAAGGUGGGGCCGCGGAGCUGGCUGCCUGUCUCCUGGGAACAGCACAGCUGUGGCGCGCAGCUCCCUGCUCUCCUUAAAGAGGGGAGUGCCAGAGAGGCCUCGGAUGCCGGCCCCGCCUCAGGGCCCCACGGACCUCUGACCUUCGGAGACAUUCCCUUCUAUUUCUCCCGGGAAGAAUGGGGCUCCCUGGAUCCGGCGCAGAGGGAUCUCUUCUGGGACAUAAAGCGGGAGAACUCCCGGAACGUGGCCCAGGGUUCGGGGCUCAGGAGACAAGGCCCGACGAGCCAGCUGGAGGGGUCGCCCUUCGCCUGCGGCGACUGCGGCAAGAGCUUCUCGCUGCGCUCCUACCUGCUGGACCACCGGCGCGUGCACACGGGCGAGCGGCCCUUCGGCUGCGGCGAGUGCGACAAGAGCUUCAAGCAGCGGGCCCACCUCAUCGCCCACCAGAGCCUGCACGCCAAGAUGGCCCAGCCCGUGGGCUGAGGGCGGCCAGAGCCACCGCAGACCGGGACGGGGCACGCCUGCGCCCCCCCUCUGGCCCGAGCCGGAGCGGGCCUCAGGCGGUGGCGUGCAGGUGUGAGGAGGGAGGGGCCGCCCUGGCCCGUCUUGCUUGCCCUGCGCCCCGGCUGUUUCCAGCCUCUUAGGGCGGCCUCUGCCCUGCCAGCCUGUGCCUUCUGGCGGGGUGGACAACAGGCCUGGAUACCCAGGCCGCUGCAGGGAUGGCCACUGCAGCCGAGCUGGACCUGGGCGUGGGUGCUGAGGCUUUCCGGCCCCUCCCCCGCCAGGCCACGAGCACUCUGCCCUGUCCUGGGACAGGCGCACUGAGGCCUGAGCGCACCCCGCGCCAGUCUGCUGGAGAGGGUGGCCCGGGCUCAGGGCCGACAGCGCAGACGGAGCCGGGCGGGUGCUUGGCAUCGGCGCCGCGGCCCGGGCCCGGCCAGCGCUCAGCGGUGCCGCCUCACUGAGCCUGGGGUGCUGCCUCGUGGGGUCGCACGUCAGCCACAGAGUGGCACCGACAGCUUCAGGCCACCAGCCCCCAGGAGCUCGUCCGGCUAACCUCCGCAAGUUUGAGAAAACAGAACGAGGGCCUGAAUAAACGUGCGAACCUUG